UAUACCUUUCUAUCGCUUCCCCAACUCCCAAGCCCUAACUCAGCCGACAGCAACACCGGAAGACUCCGCCUCCGCCCUCGCCGACGAAGAAGCUGCUGCCCGGUCUCCGCCUCAGCCCCUGCUGACGACGACGACGAAACUGCUGCCCGUUCUCCGCCUUAGCUUCCCCUGUGAACCAAGGUAUGAGUGAGGCUGAGAUCUUAAAGCCUACCGCAUCUCAAAGUCUCAACACUAUUGAAGAGGAAAACAAACCAAGUGACGGUGAAUAAUUGAUGCCAGUUUCAGAUUCGCUAAAAGGUUCAGAAGAGGAAAAGAAACCAAGUGAUGGUAGUUAUCGUUCUGCUUCUACUAAAAAACGGAGCAACAGUGGUGAAACUUCAAAAAACUGUAAGAGGGAGUGUUCUCUUUCAGAAAAGGCGGCAAGAAAGCAAGCUGAAAAGCUGGUUGGUAGGAGAAUAAAGGUUUGGUGGACGUUUGAACAGACGUUCUAUGAAGGUAGUAUCACUUAUUUUGACUAUUUCAAGAAGAAGCACGAGGUCAUUUAUAACGAUGGAGAUGUAGAAGUUUUGAAUCUUUCAAAAGAACGCUGGGAAUUAAUCGGAGAUGGUGCUGAAUUACCUGUAGUGAAACGAGAAGUUGAACAGCGCAUGGUUUCCAGAAGCAAUUCAGCACCAUCAACAUCUGAAAGGGCGGCAAGAAAGCAAGCUGAAAAGCUGGUUGGUAGGAGAAUAAAGGUUUGGUGCCGGUUGACCAGAGUUUGUGUUUCAAGGUUCUAUCGAGGUAGUAUCACUUAUUUUGACUAUUUCAAGAAGAAGCACAAGGUCAUUUAUGACGAUGGAGAUGUAGAAGUUUUGAAUCUUUCAAAAGAACACUGGAAAUUAAUCAGAGAUGGUGCUGAAUUACCUGUAGUGAAACGAGAAGUUGAACAGCGCAAGGUUUGCAGAAGCAAUUCAGCACCCUCAACAUCUGAAAGCGUUCGGGAUGCUGCUGCUGAAUUACCUGUAGGGGAAGAUGGUGAAAAGCAGAAAAACAAAAUCCGUAGAUUCUCAGUCUUUGAUAGCGAAAAGAUGAAGACUGAAGUCUCGGACACUGCAGCUGCUGCUCAUCUCGAGGUAUCGUGGCUGAAGCAGAUUCUCAAUGAUAUUCCAACCGAGAAUGAUGGCCAGCUAGCAAGAGUAAUCAGAAACACCGCACUUGUUAGUAAAGCAGCCAGGAAGGACUUGACACAGAGAAAAGCCGAGCUUGUGAUUGCAGAGCGCAGCUACGAGGAGGCCAAAAGACAGCUUGAGCGUGCUGAACAGAGUAAACGAACAGCAGAAAGGGCAGUCGAGGUUCUUGAAUCAGUGAAGAAAACGGCCCAAAAUGACAUGGAGUUGAACUUCAAACGGAAUGAUCUGCAGAACAGACCUUCGAGGGCUUCAGAGUAAGGGAAAAUAAUGGCAUGGUUCGAGUUCAUUGUGAAGAUUCGGGGAAAGAGCUGUUUGCUGAGAAAUCCCAACGGUGUUGUUCUGAGCCCAGUAACUGAUAUCACAGUUUGCCCAUGGUGGUGGAUGAAGACCCAUUGUUAAUCUAAUGAAUAUGAAUAUAGAGAAGAUUUUGCAAAAAAAAAAAAAAAA